AUGAAUUUUGAUGAGGCCGGAGUCCAUAGAAAGCUGCAGUUGCAAGAAUUUGAAGAAAUUCGGAAUGAAGAAUAUGAAAGCUCGAUGAUAUACAAGAAAAAGACAAAGGCUUUUCAUGAUCGUCAUAUCUCCAGGAAAAGUUUUGAAGUUGGUCAGAAAGUUCUUGUCUUUCAUUCGAAGCUUAAACUCUUUCUAGUGGAAAUCCAAAAUUUGAAAUUAGAUAAAAAAUUCACGGUCAAUGACCAUCGCUUGAAGCUGUAUUGGGAUGGAUUUCAACCCGAGGUGGUUGCGUGGAUUGUCCUUAACAAUCAAUGUGCCAAUUGA